GUGUGGUCAUGGAAGGAAGAAGAAGAAGAACCAUCAUCACCAUUAUCAUCACCGCCAUCUAAUCCAAUCCGACCUUCGCUGUAAUGGGCACUGCGGUUACGUCUCCUCUCGGGUCGCUAGGCCCUUUCUUGCCCGCGCUCGCGUCGUCCCGGCAGCCGCACAGCCUCAGCACCUCCUUCUCCCUCGCUCCUCCUCUAGGCACCGCGAGGAGGAGAAGCGGCGGCAGAAUGCCGGGGCUCGUCGCCGUCCGCUGCGGCGGCGAUUCAGCGGCCUUAGCCCCCGCGGCCGCGAGCCCGAGCGACGGCGGCGCGCUGGAGGCGAGCGAGAUAAAGGGCAAGUCCCGGAAGUGGCAAUGGCAGGGGCAGUACUCCAUCAGCUACUUCGUCUCCGACUCGGAUCCCUCGGCUGCGCCUCCCGGUUCGAAGCCUCCCCUGCUUCUCGUCCACGGCUUCGGCGCCUCCGUUCCUCACUGGCGCAGGAAUAUUAGCACACUGGCCCAAAAUUACACUGUCUAUGCCGUUGAUCUUCUUGGAUUUGGUGCUUCAGACAAGCCAGCCGGUUUUAGAUAUACAAUGGAAACAUGGGCUCAGCUGAUACUGGAUUUCUUGGAAGAUGUUGUUAAAAGGCCAACUGUUCUCGUGGGAAAUUCUGUUGGAAGUCUUGCUUGUGUAAUUGCAGCCUCAGAAUCGAGAAAGAACCUGGUCCGAGGGCUUGUCCUGUUGAACUGUGCUGGUGGCAUGAACAACAAGGCCAUUGUAGACGAUUGGAGGAUAAAACUACUCUUACCGCUGCUUUGGUUCAUUGAUUUUUUAUUGAAGCAACGAGGAAUUGCCUCUGCAAUUUUUGAGCGUGUUAGAGAGAAGGAUAACCUGAGGAAUAUUCUACUGUCUGUUUAUGGAAAUAAGGAAUCCGUGGACGACGAAUUGGUUCAGAUAAUUAAGGAACCAGCAGAUGACGAUGGGGCUCUGGAUGCUUUUGUCUCCAUUGUGACAGGCCCUCCUGGACCAAAUCCAGUGCAAUUGAUGCCAAGCAUCUCGUUGCCUGUUCUCGUUUUGUGGGGCAACCAAGACCCCUUUACUCCAAUUGACGGGCCUGUUGGUAAAUACUUCUCCACUUUGCCUUCUAAACUUUCUAAUGUUAGCCUCGUUCUUUUAGAAGGGGUAGGACAUUGUCCUCAUGAUGACAGACCCGAUCUAGUUCACGAAAAAUUACUUCCAUGGUUGGAUUCCCUUCCUGCCUCGUGAGUGGUUGCUUCAAUGGCAAUCUCCCUCCACUUUACAGUUGAUGAUCGCACUUUUUGCACAUAAUAACUUCCGUCUAUUUUAGAUAUUAUUCUUCUAUACGGAAGAUCACGCAGAAAGAGCAAUUGCUUUAGCUCCUCUCUGCGUUCUCGAUCUUAUCUUCCAUGGUAACCUGAAGGAAGGAGAAUUAUCAUAUCUUUCUGGAAAAGAAUAUAGGUUUUCACUAUCUCUUAAACCUGGUAAGACUCGUAGAUCAUGACCAGUCAGCAUUUUGUGAGCCGAUUAAUUUUCCUGUGGAUUGUUGUAAUUGUAAAACAUUUUUCCUUGUAUAUUCUCAAGUUUACAUUUUCACCGUAAUUUUGGCAGAAUGAAUGGAAAAUUUUUAGCUUGUGAAGA